AAUACGAGAAAAAGUUGGGGUAUCGGGUCUCUCUCUCUUUUUUGGUAAACAAUCGGGUCUCUCUCUCUCGGAUCAGAGGAGAGAUUCGGCAAGAGUUUCACCACAAGAGAUUCAGCAAGAGCUCCUCGCUUAGGGUUCUUCCAUCAGAUCUGGUUAUCGAACAACAGAAAAGGGUUAAAUUUUAGGGUUUCGAGAAGAUGCCGGCGACUGCAGGAAGGGUUCGUAUGCCCGCUAACAAUCGGGUGCAUAGUAGUGCAGCUUUGCAGACCCACGGUAUAUGGCAGAGUGCUAUCGGAUAUGAUCCAUACGCUCCCACCAACAAAGAUGAGUCGAAGAGCACUGAGCAGAAAUCCGCAGAUCCUGAGAAUGCAUAUGCGAGCUUCCAGGGUCUUUUGGCGCUUGCCCGUAUUACCGGGUCAAACAAUGAUGAGGCUCGUGGUGCUUGCAAGAAGUGUGGCCGUGUUGGGCACUUGACGUUUCAGUGUAGGAACUUUCUUAGUGUUAAGGAGGAUAAAGAGAAAGAUCCUGCAGCGAUUGAUGCUGCUGUUAUGUCAGGUUUGGAGAAAAUCAAGAGCAGUGUUGGUAAGGGUGGGGCGAUGAAGGCAGACGAGAGUAGUGAAGAGGAGGAGGAUGAGAGCGAGAGUUCUGAUUCUGAUGUUGAUUCGGAGAUUGAGAAAAUUAUCGCGGAUAGGUACGGGAAGAAGGGGAGUAGCAAGAAGAAAUCAUCAUUGAGGAAAAAGGAGAGGGAUUCUGAUUCAUCGGAUGAAUCAGAUUCCGAUUCAGGAGAUAGGAAGAGAAGGCAGAGGUCAAAGAAGAGGAGAUCUCACAAGAGGAGGAGUGCUAGUGAUUCAGACGAUGGGAAUGAGAAUAGAAGCAAGAGAAGGAAGGAGAGGAGAAGAAGAAAGAGGGAUGAUGAAGAGUCUUCGGAGGAAGAGGAGGAGAGAAGGCGCCACAGGAGAAAAAGUAGGAAGGAGAAGAGGCGAAGGAGAAGCCGCCGUAACUAUUCAGAUGAAUCUGAUUCAGAGGACAGUGGUGAUCGGCGCCAAAAGCGGAGGAGCAAGGUGGCAGCUUCUUCUGAUUCUGAUGCCAAUGUCUCUGGUGGCGACGACCCACGCUCUGGAAGGGGUUCUUCUAAGAGGUCUGAGAAGAAGAGCAGGAAGCGCCAUCACAGAGAUGAUGAGUAGAGAGAGCUUUGUGAAGUAAGUCCCUGUCAUUUGUAUCGUUUCCCCGUUUAAAAAACUUAAGCCCAUUCUGUCGUGCGGAGUGAUGUGUUUGCUGAAUUUGAGCUAUCUGGGUUCGACCCUUUUGGUGAUAUGUACUGGAAUCUUUGUUGCUAUAUGCAGUGGGUGAUUUUAAAUUAAAUCUGAGAGUAAGGGUAUUGUAUCUAUGCUCAGUGGGUUCUGUGGGUUUUCAGUGUUCACGUUUUUCCCUGUUUUCUUGGAGGAAAGCAUUCGAGAAUAGUAUAAAUUCCUCUGGUUAUGCAGCCUCCA